GGCGUUAUGAAAAAUAUGAACGAACCCCAGGUGUGCAGCACGAGAUGUUAGAUGGAGGAAAUACCUCUUUGCGAUGCAUCAAAAUAUUCAAACGAAGAAAGGAAAUCCCGUGGUUGCUACUACCUGUGCUGGAAAAGCAGGACAAAUCUUAAAAUAUGAAAAAUAAAUCAGGACGCCUCAAAAGAAACUCAAAAUCCGGACAUGUCCUGCUAAAUCAGGACGGAUGGUAACCCUAACUGAGGAAUGGGAAGGGAUGGUUAAUUGAACACCUACUUAAGAAAGAUGCAGAGACCUCUACGACCUCUCAUAGGUGUUACGGGAUAUUGUAGAAUUUUAAUGGGAUGGGAAAGGCCAUAGGAUACGUUUGGCAGGCGUUCUGGAACCUAUGAAUAAUAUUUUGGCAUUGGUUCAUAUUGGAACAAACUCACCGAAUUCUGCUAUUGAAUCCUGUCUGCAAUUCAACGUUCAAUCGACCUUUCAAAUAAAAUGUUCUACACUCGGGGUGGUGUAAACGAUUCUGAUGGCUUGUGUACAGCAAAACGCGUGAAUGGAAAAAAACUGAAUGCGAAAAAAACAAAACCGCAUGCUUGGGCAUCUGAAUCGCACUCAUAUCAUUCCGAUAGUCAAAUUCGUCGAAAAUAAAAAUGGAAUUCUGAAGCUGCCAUGGGAAAGAGAGAGGUACUAAUUUCACUAUACAACUCGAGAGUCAAAGCCUACAGUUUAGUGUAAAUCAAAAUAUGUAUAUUCAUGUAACUUUGCAUCUAUUAUUUAUAUACAAUACAGGCAAUUAUACGACACUGCAGAUUGUUUAGUUUGUUUAAUUUUGCUAGAUUUCUGCACAUGCGCAUAAAGGUCAAAUAGGUUCAAAACAGAAUCGCGAACAAAAUUAUGUCAAAUAGCUUAGCCUAAGGGAAUUAGCACUAAUAAGGAAUGGAUUCGGAAGGUGUAGAUGCCAUUGAAGAACAUCGAUUAACCAUAGAUGAUUUCCCAAAUGAGGUCUUCGAGCGCAUAAUAUCCUACUUGAAUGCUGAAGACCGCAAAGUUGCAUCACUGGUCAAUUAUCGAUGGUCUCAGUUCUGCUUCUCCCGCAUAGCCCUCGGCAAGGUGCAACUGGAACUUAAUUGUGCCCAGCGCUCUCCUCGCGACUAUUGGACGGUUUUGGAGAAAAGUUCUCGGUGCUAUCGAAAUGUGCUGCUCAAAUUCGCUUCCGACGACGAAGGUUACCUGUUGAGGAUCUUGGACAAGUUCAAACCGAGUUUGGAACGGGUCAGCAUCGAGCAGGAUGCCGACGCGCGAUUGCUUCACACCGAAAUCUCGUCCACCUACUUGUCUCGAAUGUUGGAAGCACUGUGCAACGUAAAAGAGCUUACCAUCAAGACCAUCAUUGAGCUCUCGGAUUCGGUUGAUGGGACGGAACUACCACGAUUGGAACUAGUUGAAGCAGUCUGCUUGUACACGCAUUGUAUGGAAGGGGACUGGAUCGACUGGGCGCGAAUCUGUCCCAACGCCAAAUAUAUUGGAGUGCCUUUGCAAGACGGUUGUAACGGAUUUCCACGACUGGCUCAUCAUUUCUCCAACGAUGUCGAACACCUGUCCAUCGAUGCACGUUUCGUCGAACGUGACUCACUCGACUUCAUCCACGAAGACUUUCCACAACUCAAGAAGUUCCGAUUCCUUUACCCCAUCAGCAAUUCUUCAGCAGCCCACGAAGUCAACUCAUUCAUCAGUCGUUGCUCGAACCUAACAGAAAUAAGCCUGUUCAUCAACAGUAUAUCCCAAGAAGUCCUACAAAUCAUCGCCGAGAGUUGCACCCAGUUGCAAGUCGUCAGCUUGGACACCAACGAAAUUCCGCAAUCUGCCUUCUCCAUUCUGUCGAAGCUUCCCCUGCUGAGGCAACUGGUGCUACACAAGAUGACCGUCGAACCGGCCAUGAUUACUUCGGCCUUGAUUUUUCCAGCACUUUGCCGGUUAACGUGCCUUUCCAUUCGGAUCAACUGUCCGGAUGCGUUCCAUCAGGUGCACAAAAAGAUGCCACUGUUGACCGAGCUGGAGCUGUUGGAUCGCUUCCGGUUUGGAAUAAGCAAUUUCAACCAGAAUGGCGUCGUUGCCGCCAUUUGUACCCACAUGAGGAACGUACGACGACUAGCCUUGGUCGACUGGGCCAUUCUAGAUCUAUCGAUUUUCGGGCAGCUCAACAUGCUGACGAAUCUCACUGAGCUGAGACUGAAGUGCAUCGGGCUUAACGCGAACAAGGCCAUUCCCUGUUGUGCUGGAGUAAGGAAGCUGAUCCUCGAUGUCGACUCGCUCAAAUCUGCAGAUACGAUCCCUUUGACGAGCCGCCCAGCCCUAGCAGAGAUUAUCUCCGAAGGAUUCCCUGGCCUCAAAAGCAUCGAGCUACGCAAGCAACUGCUGGACAAAACCAAAUGUUCUGAACAGGAAAUUUUUGCCCUUCGUUCCAUCAUGACUGAUUGUGCGUUCUAUCGUCGAACGCGUCUUUCAAUGUCGGAUAAAGAUUAUGCCGCUUUGCUGUAGAGGUGCGUCAUGAGGCCUUAGGACUUCCCUUAUCGACGAGUUAAAUCUUUUUUGGUGAUAAAGCUUUUUGAUUUUAUUCUAAAAAAUACUGUAACAGCUUUUCAUUUCUCAGUUCUAUGAGGUCUCUAAAGUUUGCUACCAGCCCUGUAUACUCAAAACUACUUCCAGCUCAUUUGCCGCUUAGAAAGAAGCUUCCCAAGCAGGUAGCGACUGAGAAUCUUAAAAAUAUGAACUUUAGAGACGUCAUGCCUGAAAAAAGGACCAAUAGAGACAAAACAUGAACCAAGAAAACUAAAAGAUGCGAAACAGAGUUUAGGAAAGCAA